AUGGAACGAACAGAGAAGGCCGACUCCGCAGAUGGAAGGGUCUUUCCUCAUUUGGUUGUGGGUCUAGCAACAGGACAAGCUAGUCCUACUCUUCGAUCAAGAUCCCUUGAAUUGCCUCAAGAUGAGACUCAGGAUUCUGGGGAAGUCAUUCCAAUUGCUAAAAGAAGUUGUGCAGUCACUUGCAAAUUUUCGCUAAAAGAACUUCAAGUACUUUGUGAAAUUCGAGUUGAUUUCAAGAAUUUGGCAGAAAAUGGAGUGGAUUUUCUCCCCGCUGUGAAGGCUCAAGGCUGGGAUGGGUAUUUCAACAGGCUCUCAUGCCCCAUCUAUGACAAGCUUGUGAAGGAGUUCUGGAAACAUGCUGAAUGUGAUGAUUAUCAAGUUGUGUCACAUGUGCUGGGCAAGAAGAUCAUCAUCUCUAAAAGGUCUAUAGCUUUGCUUCUGGGCGGUGAAACUAUCAAAGGCUAUAGAUUUCAGACUAAUGAUUCCAAGUCAAAGAAAGUCAAGGAUAACAUCAAUUCAGUGCUGUAUGCCAACUGGAAAUCUGGGAAAUCUGACUACAAGACAAAAGAUCUUCAUCCUGACUUGAGAAUCUGGCACAAGAUCAUGCUUAAUUGUCUUAAUCCCAGACCCUCUGGAAGCUCUCCUGACUACAUCAACUUCAAUCAAAAAGUGAUGAUGUUCUUCAUCAAGACAAAUCAGAAGAUUUGCCUCCCUUACUUCCUGUUCACCUAUCUGAAAGAUUGCAUCAAGAAGUCAAGGACAACUGCUUGUGAAAGCAAGAGCACAAUCAAGUAUAUUCCUUUUGAAAGGCUUCUGUCUGAUAUCUUCGUUGAAAGCAACUUGGUGAAUGAGCUAUUCAAAGCAGGAUGCACUGAAGAUCUAACUACUCUCACUGGAGAAGCUUUGACCUCUACGACUCUAAAAAGGAUGGGACUGAUAGACAACAAGGUUGGAGCUGCCUCUGUCACUAAACCGGCAGAAAUUAUGAAGAGAAAAAUUCCCAUUGAUGAUUUCCCUCUCUGGUCCAAGGCUGAUGAUCCAGAGGCAAUCUUGCAUUACAUCAAUGAUCUGAGGAGUCAAGGUCUGGAUAUUGAUGUUGAUGAAUUCUUCAGGAAUCUCCCAGAUGCUCCUGAUUAUGAUGCUGCUCCUAAGAGGAAGCCAAAGAGGAAGAAUGUUGAUGCUUCUGAUGCCAAGGAUGACUCUGAGGAUGGUAACGAUGAUGAGCCACCACCUCAGAAGAAGAAGAAGAAAGUCAAAAUUGUAACCAAGGUUAUCCAGCAGGAAACCCAACAAGCACCAAGGCCUACGAGAGUUACAAGGUCCUCGGUAAGGAACUCAAGCAAGUUUGUAGUUCUUUCUGAUGAUGAUGAAUCUGAUGAUGCUGUUAUUGGUUCUUCUCUCAUUCCUACCCCAACUUUACCUCCUCUCUCUCUCUCCCAAAUACACCUCUGUCAUGAAACCAAACACCAUUAUCUCCACCAAAACAACCACCACUUGUUCAUCACCACCCAAGCCCUCAAAAAUCCAAACUUCUAUUCAAGAUAA